AUGCCAGGGGACCGCACGCUCCGGCUGCAGCACGGGAACCGCAUCGAGGCCCUGUGCGUGCUGGGCACCCACAUCUCCGUCGAUGUCUACGGGGCGGCCCCAGCCGGGGCGGUCUCCUUCAGCGUGAAGCACACGGAGGGGGUGAGCGUGGAGGUGGUGUGCCAGGGCCAAGCAGAGGUCAGGUCAGCCCCCAGCAGCAGGACACAGUGGCCGCUGGAUGAGGGGACAGUCCUGAGGUUCAGCAUGAGCCAGGCCAGCACUGAGGUCAAUGAUAAUAAGGUAACCAUCAGCUUUUACACAGAGGGAGGGCAACCAAUUAACCAAGCCGGGGUCUUCCUCACCGGCAUCGGGAUCUCUCUGGACGUCGACGCAGAUCGGGACGGCGUGGUGGAGAAGAACAACCCCAACAAGGCAAGCUGGACCUGGGGUCCCGAGGGACACGGGGCCAUCCUGCUCGUCAGCUGUGAUAAGGAGAGCCCCCUCACUCCGGCAUCGGACUGCAAUGACGAAAGGGUAUUCAGCAAAGAAGAUUUGCUGGACAUGUCUCGGAUGGUCUUGAGGACCGAAGGGCCACAGCGCCUGCCCCGGGGGUACGAAAUCGUUCUCUAUAUUCCUGUCUCUGACGCAGACAAAGUUGGGGUCUUUUACGUACAGAACCCCUUCUUUGGGCAGCGCUACAUCCACGUGCUGGGCCAGAGGAAGCUGUACCACACCGUGCAAUACACCGGUGGGGCCGCCGAGCUUGACUUCUUUGUCGAGGGGCUCCGCUUUCCCGACGAUACCUUCCCUGGGCUGGUCUCCAUCCAUGUCAGCCUCCUGGAGACCUUGGCUGAGGGUAUCCCCCAUACACCAAUCUUCACCGACACAGUAGCAUUCAGGGUAGCACCAUGGAUCAUGACACCCAACACUUUGGCACCGGUGAACGUCUUCGUCUGCAGCAUGAAGGACAACUACCUCUUCAUCAAGGAGAUAAAAAACCUGGUGAACAAGGCUGGCUGUGAGCUGAAGGUUUGCUGUGGCUAUAUCAACCGUGGGGACCGCUGGAUGCAGGAUGAGAUUGAGUUUGGCUACACCCAUGCUCCCCACAAAAGCUUCCCAGUGGUGCUGGACUCCCCUCGAGAUGGAGGGCUGGAGCAAUUCCCCAUCAAGGAGCUGCUGGGCCCCGACUUUGGCUAUGUGAGCAGAGAGCCCCUCUUCGAAGCUAUCACCAGCCUCGACUCCUUCGGCAACCUGGAGGUCAGCCCACCCGUGACUGUGGCAGGGAAGGAGUAUCCCUUGGGGAGGAUCCUCAUCGGCAGCAGCUUCCCCACAUCCGCAGGGAGGAGAAUGACCAGACUGGUGCGGGAUUUCCUCUACGCCCAGCAAGUGCAGGCUCCCGUGGAGCUCUACUCUGACUGGCUGUCCGUGGGCCACGUCGACGAGUUCGUCACUUUUGUGCCCACCUCCGACACAAAGCGAUUUCGGAUGCUGAUGGCCAGCCCCGCGGCGUGCUACAAGCUCUUUCGGGAGAAGCAGAAGGAGGGCCAGGGCGAAGCCACCAUGUUCAAAGGGUACUCGGGGACAGACACGAAACGGGUCACCAUUAACAAGGUCCUUUCCAACAACAUCCUGGUGCAGCAGAACCACUAUGUCCAGUGCUGCAUCGACUGGAACAGGGACAUCCUCAAGAAGGAGCUGGGAUUGACGGAGGAGGACAUCGUCGACCUGCCAGCCCUUUUCAAGCUUGACAAGCAGGGCAAAGCCGUGCCGUACUUCCCCAACAUGAUCACCAUGAUCGUCCUGGCCAAGGACCUGGGCAUCCCCAAACCCUUCGGCCCCGUGGUGGGGGGCGAAUGCUGC